AUGGCCGCCGCUGACAGAGACGAGGACCCUCAGAGGAACAGGCUGUCUCUGGACCACGGACUGCAGCCGCCUGAUAAAGGACUCAGCACCCACGGAGACUCACUCUCUCGUCCCAUGAGGGACUAUAGAGUGAAGAAGAAGAAGAAGACACAAAAGCAGAAGAAGAAGCAGAAGCAGAAGAAGGAGAAGAAGAAGACGCAGGAGCAGAAGAAGAAGAAGCAGAAGACGAAGAAGAAGGAGAAGAAGAAGAAGCAGAAGAAGACGCAGAAGCAGAAGAAGAAGAAGAAGCACAAGAAGCAGAAGAAGAUGAAGAAGAAGACGCAGAAGCAGAAGAAGAAGAAGCGCAAGAAGCAGAAGCAGAAGAGGAAGGAGAAGAAGAAGACGCAGAAGCAGAAGCAAAAGAAGCAGAAGCAGAAGAAGAUGAUGAAGAAGAAGAAGAAGACGCAGGAGCAGAAGCAGAAGAAGAAGAAGGAACAGAAGAAGAAGAAUAUGGAGAAGAAUGGAAACUUGUGGAUUGAAGUGUGUCCUCAGGGUGAAAUGAACGGAGCAGAGAAAGGCCGGGACAGACUCUGA